CUUAUGUUUCGAUGACAGAAGUCGGGAAAAAGAAUAUACACGUCCGCGCUUCAUCUCAGCGGUGUGAAAGAUGGCACAAUAAGACAAGAAGCGGCUGCGAGACCUGCAAGAAACGUCGGAUCAAAUGCGAUGAGGGAAAGCCAGAUUUCGCUGCAUUUUGGCAGGCAAGACGUGCGAGGGAUAUGUCAGUAACCCAAAUACCUGGAUCUUCGAUCCUUCGAAGCCUAGCGGCCAUGUACUUACGAAGGCUGCGUCCUCUCAAGGACUGGGCACUGAAAGACUUCUGGAACCGUUGCCCUACUAUACCCAAGCAGAAAAGCUUGCGCUGCAAUCCUGGCAUCGGCUUACUGGUAUGGAAAGCGGAGGUAACCCUGUCAAUGCUCUUCAUGGUGCGCUUGGCGUCUACCUUCCGCAACUGGCAUACCAUUUCGAGCCCACUAAGAAUGCUUUGAUCUCUGCAGCCUCUACAGCUCUCGAGCUGGAGACCAGCUUAUCGAGCACUUCGGACUUACAAGCAUCACUAUUGAAACAAUCAGUUAUGGGCAUGCAUUCCGCAAUAAGAUGCGUGCUUAAGGAAAAGCAACUCUCUGUGUUGACAGUCGCCACCUCGUUACUCCUGGUAUUCGUGGCGAUCUGGACUGGCAGAUGGGAAGAGUACAAAUGUCAUCUCUACCAUUGCUUGAAACUCAGCCGGCAGGCAAAGGCGAACGGCGAGGAAAUUGAUCAAAGUUUCAUGACGUGCGUCAAUGCAUUGGUGAGAGCCUUGCAGUCGUUACCAUCUGUAACCAAUCCUGAGCCAAGGUUUCGGCUCGAUUACGCACUCUCAGUGGUUCUGUCAACCAAGUCUUGGACUGUUAAUCUUGUUGACCCGGUUAAAAGCCCCAAUCUAGGAGAAGGGUUAAAGCGUGUAAUGUUACACUAUCUCACAAGAGCGUCCUGGAUCGUCUUCCAUUGGCGACCGCAUUCCGACAUGAACAGCAUAUCCGAGCUGGACAUCAAACGUUCACCUUUUUCAGAGGCAAUAAUGAGCGUUGAGCGAUUCGAAACAACCACCACGGCGUUGGACUUGCCUUUGCUAGUGACACAGUUGUCCGUGGCUUUGCGGACGACGCUACUAUAUGCGGCGUACGGGAAUUCGCAACUGAUACGUGAUGUGGCUGUGGCAUGCCAUGGUCUGGUAUCCAUAUUGAAAGUGCCACAGUUAACAUGUGGAUAACAGCAUCAUGGUUGGUUGGAAUCCUUGUACAAUUCCUCGGUAUGAACCUUUUUGGACGACUGUUACUGCGAUUUAGCUGACUACUAGGACGCUGGCUCGACCACGGUGAAUGGCAUGGCAUUCAAAAGCAAACAACGGUAGUCCAACGUGCAAAUCAGGCCAUCCUAUCAGAACUCAGGCUAAUGCUUGGUCCAUCGCUCAGGCACCGGCAAGGCAAGUGUGAUGAGGCAAGCCACAACCUUGGGCGAGAUCCGCAAUCUCAUUGCUUUGAUCUUGUCGUUCUGAUCCAUUAGCAUAUGAGUUCUCGAUCAUCGAGUUCCAAGCCUACGUGUAACUUCUACUAUCAGCGGGGUCGAACAACAAGCACACACCUCCAUAGCGAUCCAAAUUUGGAAGAGCUGGACCAGCGACCUCGCUUUCUUGCUGCCUCGCUACGGGGCGCAAUCUUGAACAUAAAGGAGCAGCAGGAUCAUAUUUUCAUAAUUUGAUAUUAGAGGACCUCCAUGGGGGACGGAACAUGGGAUCUGUUAAGACCAGCAAUGACCGCUCAUUCUGAAAUCCUUCUCAGCACCGAUGACCAUCCCGAGGUCUACUUUGAUUCUUGGUGUCGAACAAAUCAAUGCUUCCUUGGCCUCAGAAUCACAUUAUAAUUCUUAUCCGGCUUGAUGAUUGUGAACUCCUUCGAGCCUAGU